AUACUCUCGGUACCUAAUUCCCAUGGCCCACUCUUUGCAACAAUCCGCUUCGACUGCGUUUCAGGCCACAUGAAAGGGAUCGUGUGCGGCAAACAACGUACAAGCAAAGGGCGUGAAUUGUGUAACACGCAGCUGUCUGUAUGGCUUUGGCACGUGUUCCUUGUGGAGUCGCACGCUUUGCUUUCCCCAGACCGUGGCUAGCCGCUACCCGAAAUGGUAGGCAUGAUGCAGGUGCACGUUCGCGGCUCCACCUACACGCCUUAGACUACAUAUGUAGGGCGUAUGAUAACCGAUAGCUGAUAGCUUAGUUCGACCGAGUGAAGUUUAAGACUUGGAUAUCUCGAACAAUCAACUUCUAUUACACUCAAAUAAUUCAUCAGCUUUCAAGGUCGUUGCUAAGUCCUUGGUAAGCUGCACUAAGGUCUGGAAGACAGGAAACAAAGAAAACAUUGGAAAAACGAGGUCCAGAUUACGCCCACCAUCAAUCUAUCGUCAAAGAUGUCACCGCCUUCAGCUGUCGAAGUGUCAGCAGUUUCAGACACAUCUGGAGUUACUAUCCCGAACCCGCUGAGUGCGCCAGUUCAGAGCAAUGAAAUCCAUGGAAGGAGGAAGAAGACAACUGCAGCUCAAUGGGGCGUAGCGGCGCCAUCGGAUACUGCAAACUUCAGACUGAAGUCGCAUGACCACAAGCCCAAAGCCAAGCAAUGGAGCCACAUCAUGAGCCAUGAAGCAACGAUCCGCAAAGGCAACUCUCUUAAAGAGGCCGCAAAGUAUCUCGGCACACCUGGAAUCAUCUCCCUCGGCGGCGGUUUACCAUCCAGCGAGUACUUUCCCUUCGAAGAGCUAUCGAUCAAAGUGCCCAAGAUCGGCCACUUCUCAGAAGCCGAAACUAGGGAAUCCGGCGUGACCAUCACUGCGGGCAAACAUGACCUUGCUGAAAACAAGUCCAAUUUUGAUAUCGCUACUGCGUUCAAUUACGGCCAGGGAUCUGGUUCAGCACAGCUUCUACGCUUCAUGACUGAACACACUGAACUGAUACACGAUCCGCCGUAUCAAGACUGGAAAUGCACCAUGACAGUUGGAAGCACAUCAGCGACUGAUAUGCUCCUUAGAAUGUUCACCAGACCUGGUGACAUGAUCCUAUCAGAAGAGUACACUUUCUCUGCUUUUGUAGAGACCGCGCGACCGUUGGGCGUACGCGUUUGCGGCGUCCCAAUCGACAACCAAGGACUUCUCCCCACUGAGAUGGACUCGCUCCUCACAAACUGGGACCAAGCUGCUCGAGGGGCGCGGAAGCCCCAUCUCUUAUACACAGUGCCCACAGGUCAGAACCCUACCGGAGCAACACAAAGUGCAGAGCGCCGGCAUGCCCUCUAUGCUGUCUGCCAAAAGCACGACAUCCACAUAUUAGAAGACGAACCAUACUACUUCCUCCAGAUGCAACCCUACACCGGCGCCAACGCCCCUGCCAUCCCCCCACCAGCAUCCCACGCAGACUUCAUCAAAUCCCUCGUUCCAAGCUACCUCUCCAUCGACACAGACGGCCGCGUAAUCCGCAUGGACUCGUUCUCCAAGGUCAUCGCGCCUGGUUCGCGAAUCGGAUGGAUCACUGCCCCCGCCCAAGUCAUAGAACGGUAUUCCAAAUAUGCUGAUGUAUCGACGCAGAAUCCGGCUGGCAUGUCCCAACUCAUUCUCUUCAAGCUCCUAGAUGAACACUGGGGUCACGCCGGGUACCUGGACUGGCUGAUCUACAUGCGCAUGCAAUACACACACCGUCGGGACAUAAUCCUCUCCGCAUGCACAAAGUACCUACCCACUGAAGUUAUGAGCUGGAAACCACCCAUGGCUGGCAUGUUCCACUGGAUGCAAAUUGAUUUCAGAAAACAUCCCAGUUAUCCUGAGAAGAGCAUUGAGAGUAUUGAGGAGAGUAUUUUUAUGCGCGUUAUUGACCAUGGGGCGCUAGUCAUGAGGGGCAGCUGGUUCUAUGCGGAUGCGGAGGAGAAGCAUGACACGUUGUUUUUCAGGGCUACGUAUGCGGCGGCGCCAGGGGAGAAAAUCGAGGAGGGGAUCAGGCGAUUAGGGGAAGCGGUUAGGGAGGAGUUUGGGUUGGUUGCGUAUGCUAGAGAUACUUGAUGGGUAAUUGAGAUGGGAAUUGACUUCAGUGCUCGUGGUCUUGCAUUGACUCGGUGGUAAUUGUUUCGGAGUAUAGCAGGAUGAUUCUUUCAGCAUACAUGUCACUGCUGAAACCAAGGCUGUCCACGCCUCGUCCAUAUCUCUAGUACUCUUACAGAUAUUCAAUCCCUAGGCUUUCCUUUUAUAAACCCUUUAGCCCAUUGCGCAACGCCUUGAUACCGACAGACAGGCAAGUUCCGCUUCCACUCUGCUUUGUAUUGGGACUCU